AUGGGGCCACUGCUCUCAACUUCCUUAGACUCCCGGCGGAGUAUGGAGCCACUGCUCUCAAGUUCCUUAGACUCUACUAGCGAGUAUGGGGCCACUGCUCUCAACUUCCUUAGACUCCCGGCGGAGUAUGGAGCCACUGCUCUCAAACUCUGGAGGAGUAUGGGGCCACUGCUCUCAACUUCCUUAGACUCUACUAACAAGUAUGGGGCCACUGCUCUCAACUUCCUUAGACUCCCUGGAGGAGUAUGGGGCCACUGCCACUACUAUCGUCCCUUAGACUCUACUAACAAGUAUGGGGACACUGCUCUCAACUUCCUUAUACUCCCGGCGGAAUAUGGAGCCACUGCUCUCAACGAGUAUGGGGCCACUGCUCUCAGACUCCUUAGACUCUGGACUACUAGGAGUAUGGGGCCACUGCUCUCAAGUUCCGGCGGAGUAUACUCUGCUCAAGUCCCGAGUCUACUAACAAGCCACUGCUCAACUUCCUUAGACUUAGACUCCCGGCGGAAUUCUGCUAACGAGUAUGAGGCCACUGCUCGCAACUUCCUUAGACUUCCGGAGGAGUUGGGGCCACUGCUCUCAAGUCCCUUAGACUCUACUAACAAGUAUGGGGCCACUGCUCUCAACUUCCUUAGACUUCCGGAGGAGUAUGGGGCCACUGCUCUCAAACUCCCCGAGGAGUAUAGAGCCACUACUCUCUGUCACUUAGAUUCUACUAACAAGUAUGGGGCCACUGCUCUCAACUUCCUUAGACUUCCGGAGGAAAUUCUGCUAACGAGUAUGAGGCCACUGCUCGCAACUUCCUUAGACUCCCGGCGGAGUAUGGAGCCACUGCUCUCAAGUUCCUUAGACUCUACUAGCGAGUAUGGGCCCACUGCUCGCAACUUCCUCAGACUCCCCGAGGACUAUAGAGCCACUACUACCGUCCCUUACAUUCUGCUAACGAGUAUGAGGCCACUGCUCAUAACUUCCUUAGACUUCCGGAGGAGUAUUGGGCCACUGCUCUCAAGUUCCUUAUACUCUACUAGCGAGUAUGGGGCCACUGCUCUCAACUUCCUUAGACUUCCUGAGGAGUAUAGAGCCACUACUAUCGUCCCUUAG